AUGAAAGCAAAAGAUGUCUUCGAGCACUAUCAAGACGAAGCUGCUUUUGAAAAGGUCCCCUGGAAAAACUUCUCGGAUCGUUUGAAGCGGCUACGAAACAAAGUGGUGGACAAAAACAAUCGAUCCAAAAGAGACGCGGAUGCACUUGUGCAUGAUCGAAAGAUUUAUCCCACACAGACGCACAACGAACAGGGGCAGCUCCGUUGGCAUGGUUCCGAAGCUGAAAAGUUGCUCGAAAAGGAUGUUGACGAAGAAAAGCACAUUUCAAUGACAAAGAUUGAACUCUACAAUUCGCGACUAGAGUAUCAACACUUCAAUUUACGUGUCUUCCGUGGCCAUGUCUAUCAAGAAUUGAAGAAGAGAAAGUUUUUGGCCUAUUGCAAGACAACCAAGAGAGGCAAGGAAUAUGGAGCACAGCAGCUUAUUAUCAACAAACGACGUGCUGAAGCAGAAGGAAGUGAACAGUCGUAG